UUAAAUUUCUAAAAAUGACAUUUCCAUAACCGAGGCUUUAAUCCAGAGCGAUGUCUGAACUGGAGGCUCUACGAACCGCUAAACACCCGGAAAGAAGGAAUAAACGGGUUAUGCGUGCGCGUGCCUCGACAUAUCAUUCUUUUUUCACGCACAAGAGACGACGUAACGGUUCGUGCGUGUAUUCGACUACACGACUACAUUAAUCGACAUACAUCAAACAACAACAACCGCUUUAAUGGCACAACUGACAGUUUAGUGACUGAAGUGGCGCAAUCAUUAAACUCGACAUCGCCGGAGGUAUUUUGUCGGUAGAGAAGCAGACAAGAAAGGAUAAUGACCCAUCUCAUCGCGCCUUCGAUCGGGCGGAUGUUUUCCGCGAGAAUAAUACGCGGAUUCGUCGCGUCGUCAUCGCUGCGCGAUAUCGGACGCAUCAGACGGACGGUGGCCGAUUCUUUGAAUUUAAAUUGUCGCAAUUUUUGUGGUAUGUACAAUCGACUGACCACGUGGGCUGGAUACACCGAGUAACGCAACCAUUGCGUUCAUUCAGCGACUCUAUCACGUGAUGCUGUCAUCUGUCGCAUUGAGAACGUGAUUGAGACGACGAGACACGCCGGAGAUUUCCACGAACGCCUACGCGCCUACUAGUCGAGAGAGAGGUUAGGUUGUCAAUCGUAAAUAGUGUCACGUGCAUUCGAUUAUUGUUGCGAAUCCCGUUUCGAGAAUUAGAUAGGAAAGAUGAAAUAUUGUUAAUUGUAAAACUCCUUUCACAUUUUUUAUCAAGUAAGAUUAAAUCAUCUGCAGCGCAAUAGAAAUAUGACCGAUUACUCUAAGAUUGCUUGAGAGAAGUUUCAUGUGAUGCUGUAAAAUAGGAUUAAGAAAAUUCCUACAGAUAUAUAUUAUCUGUAUAGUGUCUCUGAAUCGAAAAAUUGUAUGCGUAGCUUGUUAACAAAAGAGAAGAAUCGUAUUUAAAUUGUUACUUUGAUUAAGUUUAACAAAGUUAGGAAAAUAUGGUAGAUGAAGGCCUGUUUUCGGAGCACAUAUAUAGCGCCAAGUUUCAAGAAGAAUUCAAAAAGUACUGGCAUUCCCAAACUGACUUUAAAAAUGUAAAUUUGGAGAUCAUAUCAAAGCCCUUUAGAAUCUGUAGAAUAUCAAAUUUUUUAAAAAAUGAAAGAUUUAUAGAGAAUUUGAAAUGCGAGUUGGAAAACCAUGAUCAUAAACGCAAAGUUACUGAUCUUUAUCAAUUUGAGAAAACUGACGACUUGUUUGGUGCCUCCGACUAUUGCAGCCAGAUGCUAUACAAAUCUUUCCAGAAAGAUCUGGCAUCAUGGAUGGAACGCAAUACAGACAUUAAACUAAACAAAACUAUCUCUAUGUCAAGUGCUCGUUACUACGAAACAGAUUAUUUAUUAUGUCAUGAUGAUAAUAUGGGUGAUAGAAGAAUAGCUUAUAUAUUAUACUUAUCGAAAGGUUGGACAGAAGAGGAUGGAGGUGCUUUAGAGCUCUUUGAUACAGAUGAACAUGGUUCGCCUAAUAAAGUAGUAAGAUCAUUAGUCCCAGAAUAUAAUUCUCUUAUAUUCUUUGAAGUUGUAGAAAAUUCCUAUCAUCAAGUAGCUGAAGUAAUGACCGAUGACAAAUGUCGGUGGUCGAUUAAUGGAUGGUUUCAUGGUCCCUUAAAAGAAUGCUACCAAGCUAAAUCGCCAAGAUUCGACUUAAUAAGAAAUUUCAUAGAACCGAACACUACUGAAAUAGAAUUAAGUUCUUGGAUCUCGAAGCGUUAUCUAUUACCCAGCAUAAUAGACCAAAUUCACGAGAAUGUCAUGAAAGAACCUUACACAUUUCUUGAAAGCUUUUUGAAAGAAUCUGUAUAUGAGCAAAUUGCGAAUGAUUUGACGUCACAAGAUAUUAGUUGGCGGAUGGCUGGCCCUGCGGACAUACGUCAUUACGAGAUAGCCGAUGAACAAACCCUACCAAAAUUAUUGAAGGACUUUUACAAUCUAUUUAAAUCUCUUUCCUUUUUUGAACUACUAUGGAAGUACACGGGACUCGAUCUUGUGCCCGAUGAGAAGACUAUGAGGCCUAAGAUGACGAUAGAAUUGCAGAGAUGGUCGGCGGGGUGCUACACGUUACUGUACGAUAAAUCGCUAGUGAAAGAUGGCUCAGAUGAUGCGGCAAAAACUUCCCAACUUGACGAGAACACGAGUAUUACAGCUGGUGCAUCGACCUCAAAGUCUUUGACCGAGAUUAUCUUAGAUACAAGUUCAAUAAAAAGAAAAAGAGACGGCUCUUUCCCAAGUACGACAAAUUUAUCUCACAAAAAGAAGGUAACUAAAUAUGUCGAGUCUGACGUUAGCACGCAAUCCUUGAGUAAAGAUUCUAAACAUGGCACGGACACGAAUGAAAUUUCGCUUCGAGAUGAGGAGAUUUCUAGUGAUACAUCAGCCAGUGACAGCGAGAAUAAUUCCACCAAUGAUGAAUACACAUUAGAUGUAAUAAUGCAAUUUCAUACGGUAAAUGACCAGGGCGUAUCAAAAACAGGAGACACGAUAGAUUUUAUAGAUCCUAAUCAAGAGCAGGGGACUCUAAUUCAAAUACCAGCGUUAGAUAAUCAUCUUUGUCUAGUUUAUAGGUCAUUAAUGGUAUAUCGUCUUCAACAAUAUCUGAAUCAUCUUUACGAGGGUUAUUCUUAUACUUUGAUGUGUUCAUAUUAUGAAUAAUUGCGCAUAUGAUGUAAUA